UGCGUCAUGCCACUUCCGCUCAACUCUCAGACCUGCCUUUCUAGUAGAGUGCCUGGUGUGAUCGGACAGCAGGAAAGCUAAAACCACGUAGGAAAAGGGACUAAAGAUGCCUCCAAAAAAGACAGAAGCUCCAAAACAGCCUCCACUAAUUGGCCGAUUUGGAACAUCCCUGAAAAUUGGCAUUGUUGGGUUGCCAAAUGUCGGGAAAUCUACAUUUUUUAAUGUGCUGACCAAAAGCCAAGCUGCUGCAGAUAACUUCCCCUUCUGCACCAUUGACCCGAAUGAGAGCAGGGUGCCAGUUCCUGAUGAGCGCUUUGACUACUUGUGCCAGUACCACAAGCCAGCAAGUAAAGUUCCUGCUUUCCUUAAUGUGGUGGACAUUGCUGGUCUGGUGAAGGGAGCUCAUACAGGCCAAGGACUUGGAAAUGCAUUCCUCUCUCAUAUCAGUGCCUGCGAUGCCAUUUUCCAUAUGACCCGUGCUUUCGAUGAUGAAGACAUCACUCAUGUGGAAGGCAACGUCGACCCAGUGAGAGACAUAGAGAUCAUCCAUGAGGAGCUGCGGCUAAAAGACGAGGAAAUGAUCGGCCCGAUCAUAGAUAAGCUGGAGAAAACCGCCGUCAGAGGAGGAGACAAAAAACUAAAACCUGAAUAUGAUAUUAUGAUGAAAGUAAAAAACUGGGUUGUGGAAGAGAAGAAACAUGUCCGAUUUUACCACGAAUGGAACGACAAAGAGAUUGAGGUGCUGAACAAAUACUUGUUUCUGACAUCAAAGCCCAUGAUUUACCUGGUUAAUCUCUCGGAGAAGGAUUACAUCAGAAAAAAGAACAAGUGGUUGGCAAAAAUCAAAGAGUGGGUAGACGCCCACGAUCCUGGUGCCGUGGUCAUCCCACUGAGUGGAGCGCUGGAGGCUAAACUUCAGGAGAUGGAAGAGGAGGAGAGGAAUAAAUACUGCGAAGAACAGAAAACGCAGAGUGUUCUGACCAAAAUAAUAAAGACGGGCUACUCGGCACUACAGCUGGAGUACUUCUUCACAGCCGGGCCAGAUGAGGUCCGAGCUUGGACCAUCAGGAAAGGAGCCAAAGCUCCUCAAGCUGCAGGGAAAAUCCACACGGACUUUGAGAAAGGCUUCAUCAUGGCGGAGGUGAUGAAGUACAGUGACUUCAAAGAGGAGGGCAGCGAGAGUGCAGCUAAGGCUGCUGGAAAAUACAGACAACAGGGCAGAAACUAUGUUGUGGAGGAUGGUGACAUUAUCUUUUUCAAAUUCAACACACCAAACGCUCCCAAAAAGAAAUAAAGGGACCAGAUCACCGUCAGAGGAGUGUCUCAAUUGGGCUUCAGAGAUCUGCACCGUCAGCUGGUUUUUAAAGUUUUUCUUUAAGACCUAAAAUCAAACAUUGUGCGAAAUUAUACCAUUUAGUAUAAUCCCAAAAAAGGCAUGUAUUUACAUCUUAAGCUAAUCACUUGUUUGGAUAAUCUUCAUCCAGCCUAGAAAGAGUUCAGCUAUUUUUUUUUUUCUUUUUUUUUUCAUGAUGGGAAGUGGUGACUAAACCUAAAUGCACCAGAAAGCAACUUAGCAUUUCCCUUGUAAUGAUGCUGACAUUUUAACAUACAGAAGUCUUUUAUUAAAAUAUAUAUUCAGUUUUAUGUCAUUAUAAUUGACCAUUUAAAUUCCAAAGGUUUGGUAACUUUACUGCUUUCAGUUAAACUUCAAGUUCAGCAGCAUUCCUGUGGUUCAUUAGACAACAAACAAGACUUCUUCCCUUAAUAACUCCUUUGUUAUCAUUGAGAAAGGAUUUUUAUGGCAUAGUUUUCUCCU